AUGACGCACAAUACUUCUGCUCAUGUUCGAAAAGUUGGUGGUGUUCGAUUUGCUGCCGAUGCUAUAGAUUCAUCAAACAAACAUGAAGAAAAUCCACAUGAGAACGUUGAAUUGGACUGGGAACGGCGCUAUGAUUCUGGUGAACGUUCGUAUGAUUUAUAUUUUGGCGUUUUGAAACUUUCUCAUAGUUAUACAAUGACGAUGGAUGUUAUUUUCCAUCAAUCUCCUGUCGAACUAGAGGCAAUUCUCGACGAUCAGCAUAAAGACGGAUUGCAAGUUUUGGUGACAGAAUUACCACAUUCAAAUUCCGAAAAUCGAACCAUUUUUCAAGUUGAAGUUGUAAUUAACGCCGAAACAGUGCCUGGACCUUUUCAGCGAACCAUUUUAUUGAGAGAAAAAUCGACACCGGAAGAAAGACCUGUUACAGUAACUGUGAGUGGAAAAAUAUUGCGUGAAGGCCAAGGAACAGCAACGUUGAGACAUGGAGUUCAUAUGAAAUCACUAACAAGAGAAGAAAAAGAGGAUGAUACUGAAGAUGAGGACGAAAAAUGA